AUGGAAGAUUCCCAACUUCAUGUUUCGGAAGUCUCGAACGCACUCCAGCUGGCCCAGCAGCAGCUGGAUACCGCCAGGGUCAUACAAACAAACCUCGAGGAGGCAUUGAGAAAGAAUGAACACGAAGCAGUCCAUCUGUUAACUGGGCUGGCUGAACAAUUGGAAUUGGAUCUGGGGGAUUCGGCUGUUACCUCAGUUGAAGCCAAAAUGGAAGCAGUGAAGACGCGCAUCUCGAUCUUGUUAGAACAAAGGCCUCUUGCAAUGGUUAUUGCAUGA